CCCCUGGGCCUGUCAGAGACCGAGCCAUUAACGACAGGGCUGGGGAGAGAAGCUGGACCGCGGCUGUUUUCAGGAACUUGCCCUCAAGAGGAGAGCAGAGACCAGGGAGGCCAGGCGGGUGCCCGCUGCAGACUCCAGCGUGAACACCAAACUGGCGCUAUGGCAGGGCCGGGAACCUGGAGCCUGCCCGUGGCCACCGUGAUUAUCCUGCUGCUCCCCAGAAGCCUGGAGGAGUGUGGGCGCAUCAGCCUCCCAACCCCCACUGUCCACCUGGGGGACCCCAUCACGGCCUCCUGCAUCAUCAGCCCGAACUGCAGCCACCUGGACCCCGAGUCACAGAUUCUGUGGAAAUUGGGAACAGAGCUUCAACCCGGAAAGAGGCAGCGGCGUCUGGCGGAUGGAAGGCAGGAAUCCACCAUUACCGUGCCCCGCCUCGACAGCCCAUGGGUCCUUCUCUCCUGCUGCCUGCGCUGGGGCAACAGCCUGCAGAUCCUGGACCAGGCUGAGGUGCAGGCAGGCUACCCUCCCGCCGCACCCCACAAUCUGUCCUGCCUCAUGAACCUCACAACCAACAGCCUCAUCUGUCAGUGGGAGCCAGGACCCAACAACCACCUGCCCACCAACUUCACCCUCAAGAGCUUCAAGAGCCGGGGCAACUGUCAGACCCAAGAGGACGCUAUCCCCGACUGCGUGCCUAACAACGGCCAGAACCACUGCUCCAUCCCACGCAGACACCUGCAGCUGUACCAGAGCAUGGGCAUCUGGGUGCAGGCCGAGAACGCGCUAGGGACCAGCAAGUCCCCACAGUUGUGCCUCGUUCCCAUGGAUGUCGUGAAGCUGGAGCCCCCCACACUGUGGGCCCUGGCCCCCAGUCCUGAGGUGGCCGCACCCCAGCCAGGUUGUCUGCUGUUCCACUGGGAGCCAUGGAAGCCAAGCCUGUACAUAGAACAGAAAUGUGAGCUGCGCCACCAGCCACAGCUUGCAGAAGCCAGCUGGGCCCUGGUGGGCCCCCUGCUCUCCCAGACCCUCCAGUAUGAGCUCUGCGGGCUCCUCCCAUCCACAGCCUACGUCCUGCAGAUGCGCUGCACCCGCUGGCCCCUGCCUGGUCAGUGGAGCGACUGGAGCCCUAGCCUGACGCUGGCCACCGCGCAACGGGCCCCCAUCGUCAGACUGGACACAUGGUGGCGGCAGAGACAGCUGGACCCCAGGACAGCAGACGUGCAGCUGUUCUGGAAGCCAAUGCCCUUGGACAAGUACAGCGGGCAGAUCCAAGGCUACCUGGUCAGAGUUCCAGACCAGGCUAAGGCUGUUCCCCCCCUCUGCAACACCACGGAGCUAAGCUGCACCUUCCACUUGUCCUCGGAAACCCGGGAGGUGGUCCUUGUGGCCUAUAACACAGCCGGGACCUCUCAUCCCACCCCAGUGGUCUUCCUGGAGAGCAGAGGCCCGCCCCUGGCCAGACUCCACACCUUGGCUCGAGAUCCCCACAGCCUCUGGGUGGGCUGGGAGCCCCCCAGCCCUCGGCCUCGGGGCUAUGUGAUUGAGUGGGGCCUGGGGCCCCCCAGCCCCAGUGGCAGCAAUAAGAGCUGGAAGAUGGAGCAUAACGGAAGCAUUUCUGGGACCCUGCUGCAGGCUGUAUGA